AUGUAUGCAGUUAUUGAGGUAGUGAAGGACAACUUGGAGGGUGCUCAGGCUGUUCAGAAGAGACUGUAUGACUGCAGAGUUGACGAGAAACAGUUCAGCCCUGGGGAUCCGGUACUUGCUCUUUUGCCAGUCCUGGUCGAAUCAUUCCAGGCUAAGUUUGCUGGCCCCUUCAUUGUUAAGAGACAGGCAUCAGAGCAGAGCUACUGGGUUUCCACUCCAACUCUUCAAUAGUCAUCUCAGUCGUUUCAUGUUAGAAUGUUAAAACAUUACCUUGUGCGUGAGAUUCUUCAGUCUGGUGACUCUGUUUCCAGAGAUGUGGUUGGAUCUGUGACUUCUGAUCUUGAUAUCCCAGGGGGAAGGUCAGACAAUAAGACAUAUUAAAGGCAAGGAUAAUAUUGUUGCUGAUGCCCUUUCACAUGCUCCUCCAGGGCAGUUUAAGGUGGUGUUUUUCAUUGUGGCCUGGUUUCCUACCUGAGUUUUUUUUUUUUUUUUUUUUGUAUUCCUGGUUUGCUAAUUUGUUUUGGUGAGUACUUGUAUUUUUGAGAUUUUGGUGUAUAGUAGGUCCUUUUGGGACCCCAUCUUAAGGGGGAGGGUGUGAAGCCCCUAUAGGGUCAUGCUGCUGUGGGAGGUGUGUCUGGUUGGCUUCACUCUGCACACUAAUCAGAGCAACUAUGCACCAAGUACCUUACUGCCUGUGCAGGUACUUGGGUUGGUUUGUUUGGUUUGGUUUGGCUUGGGCUUUGCCUGGUUUGGUUUAACUUGGUUUGGCUUCGUUUGGGUUGGCUUUGUUUAGUUGUAGUUUAUGUUUGCUCUGUACAAAACCUUCACACACAUAUAUCCACCUUCCACUCAUGCACACCCUACACACUACUGAUUUCACUGAGUUACACAUCAUGUCUUAAGUAUUUUAAUUUGGUUUAAUUGGAUUUAGUAAAGAUUUGUUUUGAUUCUUAUAAAUAGUGUGUGUCUCCCCUUUCUUUGUUGUGACCACCUGAGCCAGGUCAUGACACUGAUGACAGAAAAACACUUAUGGUUCAUGAUUUGUUCUUGUUAAUUUAGUUUUUCCUGGUUUUGUAAUUUGUAUUUUCCUGGUGUUUCUGUCCCCUGUGAGUUUUCAGUUUGUCUUUAACCCAGUUUCCCUUGUGUUCUCAGUGUUUUGUUCUUAAGAUCAGUGUUCAGUGUUUCUGUUUUAUUUUGCACACCCUUGCAGAUGCACCAUUCACCAUCUUUUUCGGUCAAUCAGGUUUAGUAUGUCAAUUUAAAGCCAUGUGUGAUAAAGAGAGGAUUUUACAGAUGAGUUCAAGUUUUACCAGGAUGAAAUCUUAGUAUUACAGAGUCUGUUACGUCUUUGUAAUUGUCUUUGUUUCCAUCUGCUACCAGAGGAAGACCAAUCAUGAAGCCACAAGACUUAACAAGACAGAAAGUCAGCAGGACUCUUCUGAGGAGCUGUACACUCAAUUUCUGUCUGGCUGUGGCUGUUUUUAUUCUUCGAAACAUGGAGCAUCUGAAGGUGAGGACUUGGUCUUACUGAAAAAGUUGCAAAAAAAAGCUGAGUCAAUAUUCAGCUGUCACUCUGACACGUGUGUUUACAUGCACAACUAAAUUGAGAUACAGCCUGGCAAUUCAACUGGACUAUCCUUUUUAUCCCCACUUUACAUGCACCUGGCAAGAAACUCUGCAUCAUUUAUUUGUACGAUAGGAAAGUUUGUUUAUUUCCUUCAUAUUCCACCCUUAUCCUGUUUAACGUCUGGCCCUCAGCUUAGCGUGCAAACACUGAUGCAUGCACAGAAACCUUGAGCCAGUUUCAUUGACCUCCAACCACAUUAUCCAAGUUUGUUAGUCCAACUAUGGGAAGUUUGAUUUAGACAGGCUAAUAUGUUCACGUGCAAUUUAAAAUGGGAGUUUCAGUUUGACUAAAGGAAUAAAUCUGUUUCUUUGAGCAACAUGUACACCUACUGACUGUUUUAAAUGCUGCAGUUUGGCAGUGAGAAGUAAGAGGGAGAGCAGGAGGAGUUAUUUUUUCCCUUUAAAUACUUUAAUUUGUACAUAUUUAACAUAUUUUGUACUCCUGGCUGAUACUUAAGAAGAGUAUCUAAGUUUUCAGGUCCAGUCAAAUCAUUUUAAUUUCAAUAAGACUGACUUUUUAUCAGCUUCUUUCCUGUUCAUGAGUAUCAAAUAGUGAGCAAGGUCAGAAUUUUUACCCUUUAAAUUCAUGUAUUUUAUCAGAAAAUAUAAUUCCUCAUGUACUAAAGCAAAGUUUCUGUUUCGUUUUUGUCAGCUGUUUAUCACAAAUUGAAUUCCAUAGCAUCUAAAAAGGAUAAAGUUCCACUGGUGGCCUCAACACUGCCCCAUGGUGGUAACUAGAAAAAUAACAAGAGCAAAUUUAAAAUAAUUGUGCCAUCUAGUGGAGUAUAGUAAAUAUUCAAAGUCUGCAGCUUUUUCUUUAGAUUAGAAGCCUAAAACAGUAAAUGGCAUAAUUUUAUAUUACAAAGGAAGCAGGAAAAAUCUCCUGUUUGGCCCUGCUGUAUCAUUCAGUUUAUUGUGAAUCUGUUUGAUGCAUCAUUGUCUCCAUCUUUCUCUCUCACUCUCUGAAAAGCUACAAGAAAUCUAUUCCAUCACUCAAGAGUCCACUGAUCCUCUCUUGACUCAUGACUUCUGCACCUUCAAGCCACGGUCUCCUGCAGAUGCUCUGGAGGAACAUCUCUUAUUGGACUCCAUUGCUUGCCAGAUCCACUGUCACUAGAGCAGACCAGUGAUCCAGGCCACAGCACCUUUACCAUCCUGCCAGGAGAAGGAGAGUGGCAUGUGGGAGAUCAGCUGAAAGUUUUGAUCAAAAUCAAAGACUUGCAAGGUCAUGCCAAGACGUUUGGAGGAGAUGUCUUGGUUGCAUGGCUGCACAGCAGGACACUCAGUGCAGGUGUGGCUGGGAAGGUGGAGGAUCACCUUAAUGGCUCCUACUCAGCUGUUUAUCCUUUACUCUGGGAGGGUAGUGCACAGGUUGAGGUAAAACUAAUCAUGGUCUUCUUACCAGAGGUGAUGCUGAAGGCUCAUUUACAAAGUGAGCCUUGGUUCUGUCACAAGCCACAGACUCUGAAAUGUGAUGCCAGGGUUCUCCAUGUAGACGCACAUUUUCACCAAAAACUCAAGGACGACCCUCUUUCAAAGGUGAGAGAUUACAAAAACAAAUUCUUAUCUAAUUUGACUUUUACCUAAAAAAAAAAUAUAAAGAGCUAACAAUGGAUCUUCUGUUGGAAAAUUCAAAGUUUGGAGCUGCAGCCAUAAAUGUUGAGAUUCUUAUAGUAUAAGACGCUAGUCUAAGACUUCUCAUGUGAGUUUUUCCUUCAGGGGUGUCAACAUGAAGGUAUGCAUAAAGGCCUCAGAACCAAGCAAUGUCACUGUGUUGGCACCAAAGAAAGGUAAAGCCAGUUUUUUCUAAUUCUGUCCUUCUCCAUGAAAAAACAUCAAACCUGAAUGAGCUCAAGACCUUAUAUAUAAAUGUUGCUGGAGGAAGAUGACAGAGGACUGAUCUAAGGAUGGAAAUUGAUAAGAUUUUAUCUAUAUCAAGCCAUUAUCAAUUCUGCUUUUCGAAUCUAUUCUUUAACAAUUCCCUUCUCAAUACAUUUCUUCAAUUAAACCAAAAAAGUUGACUAUAGAUUUUCACUAUUAACUCAAAAUUUUAUUGAGUCUCUGACAACAGAAAAAGAUGUAUGCCACCUGCAGCGAGGGUCUACAAAUAAUCAAACAACAAUACUAUUAGUGCAACAAUGACUUCAGUCAGUAUUUAAAUCAAAUUAAGCUGACCAUAUUCUGGAUCUCCAAAAAGAGGACACUUCUACGCGGGCCGGAGUCGUGCGCAAAAUUUUUAAGGGUUUUUCUGGUCGCGUCGAGUGUUUUUUUUUACGUGUUUGCAACUUAGUUAGUCCACGCUACACAAACUUCAAAACCUCUGACAUUUUAAGGAUUUUAUUAACUCUACCGGACAGUCCCCCAAAAAAGAGGACAUGUCCGGGUAAAAGAGGACGUUGUUAAGUCUGGAAGGCAUUGUGCUUAUUAUGCUAACACAGGACAUACGUACCUUUAAUGCCGUGCUGAGACAGAGCAGCAGUGGCUGAUGACCGGUGGAGAGCGACAAAUACACGUCCUUAUAUUUGCUGCCAUGCCCUGUUGACAAAUGUUUAAUUAUGUCGCAGGUGUUUCCACCUUUGAAUGUUAUCUCUGCUCAAACGUUGCACAUCUCGCUGUUGUCGUCCUUCUUAGUACAUGAAGCCAUGCUUCUCAUCGUUACCGCUUAAAUUUCACACCGUCCGCCAUGUUAUUUUCCUCGAAGUCCAUGUUCUCGUUCGCGUAGAUUGGUUCUCGCGAGACAAUUAUUCAAGGUACCCGGAAGAAAGGAGAGGAAAGGAAAUACAAUGGAGACCGAUGUCCGCGCAUGGCGGCCAUUUUGCUACGGGAAGCUCUUCCACUCAUAACAUUACAGUCUAUGGUGCACGUAGCAUCUAAAUAACCAUAGAUUGCCUAAUUUUAAAUCAAUUUUCGAACGGUUAUGCUUGUUAUAAACCUCAGAUUUUAAGGUAUGUUCCUGCAUACUCACAAAUAAUUUUAACCAUGGAUUUUCACAAAUAAACAUUAAGCAGAUAGGUAGAGGCCUACACACACAAGGCAGUUAUAUUACAUCAUUCAUAUAUAAAACAUUUAAUCAUUCCAUGUAUGUUAUAUAAGCAAUAUUUCUAUUAUAGGGAUAACUAACAUCUAUAGCAAUAACAUAGGUAUUUAUUUUCAAUAUAAAUAUCUGCCUCAUGUUGCCAUUUUAGACAUUUUGAACAAACCGAACAGCUUGGAAAUUAUGUGCAACUUAAGGUCUUUUUUUUUCUCAAAGAAAAGCUGCCAUUUCAACAUGACCAAGCAUCCCGACUCAUAGCCACAUUAUUAAGGUCUGUGAUAAACAAAAACAUUUGUAAAUCUGUCAAGAUUUCAGCGAGUUGAGAGUAUUUUUGAUCAUGCCGACUACUCACCUCCCGUCAGCUGCCAUAGCGCGUACCUGAAUGGUAUACAGGAGUAAGAUGGAUGCCGGUAACUCUGCCUCUUGUUGCCUAUGUGAUAAAUUAAACCAUUUGGAACCGGUUCUCAACAAGAACCGUUUCUCAAAUCCCAUCCCUAGACUCACCUGUUCUGUUGCUCCUAAUCGUUUCUUACAAUUGACCCCUCUCUAAAUUCUUCUCAGGUCAGGCCACGGUCAUUGGAGGCACUGGGAAGUCUGAACACUCUGGUUAUUAUUACCAGGGUGUGUGGCGAGCUCUAGGUGGCAGCAGAGUUCAACAAUUCAACACCUCCUCUGCCAUCAGUCAGUGUCUGAAAGGAAAGAUGGUCCACCUGUAUGGAGACUCCACCAUCAGGCAGUGGUUUGAGUUCCUUGACGUGUCACUACCAGGUAGCUCAUCCAGAGAGGUUUUGGGCUGCAGGUUGAUUUUAUUUACACCCUAAAUCUUGAACCUUGACCUGUUCCUUUGUGUUAAACAUGUAGAUGCACAGCACUUUGAUCUGAAGGGCUCAAAACAAGCAGGACCUCACAUGAUACUGGAUCAUGAAAAUCACUUCAUGAUAACAUAUCGCUGCCACGGUCCUCCUCUUCGUUUUACAAGCAUCCCAAUCAGUCAGCUGCGUUACAUUGCCAAUGAACUGGAUGGAUUAAAGGGUGGCUCUGACACUGUGGUAGUGAUCGGCAUCUGGGCCCACUUCAGCACUUUCCCAAUUGAGGUCUACCUCAGACGCCUCCAGAGCAUCCGCAGAGCCGUGGUCCAUCUGUUGAAUCGGGCUCCAGGCACCCUGGUGAUCAUCAGGACUUCAAACCUCAAAGCUUUGACGCUGUAUGAGACGCUGACCAACAGUGACUGGUUCACCAUUCAGCGUGACAAGGUGCUCAGAGCCAUUUUCAAAGGAGUCAACGUUAAAUUGGUUGACGCCUGGGAGAUGGUUCUGGCCCACCACCUUCCACACAGCCUCCACCCACAACCCCCCAUCAUCAAAAACAUGAUCGAUGUCCUCUUGUCUUACGCUUGUCCCAAAAAGUGA